UGUCAGCGAAACCCUAAAGAAGAAGUUACCCUCCUCUAAUACGGACCGUGCCUUCACCACUCUUUCUUUUAGAUGCAAUAUGAGAACAUUAAGGAUGCUCGUCCACAUAUAUAAAGCUCUGUUAUUCAGUGUCUUAUGGUCAAAUAAGCAAAGAGCGGGCUGUGUCCAGUUGUCCGCUCCAGAAGAGGUAACAGGAACCCGCGGUGGAUCCCUGACCGUCUCUUGUCAGUAUGACCUCGAAUUUAAGGACAACCCAAAAUACUGGUGCAGGGGGUCUGUAUAUGAACUGUGUAGGAUAGUCGUGAGAACACCCAAGAAACAUAUCAACAACAGAACCUUCAUCGCUGAUGACAACAGAGUUGGAAUUUUUAAUGUGACAAUGAGUCCCCUCAGGAAAGAGGAUGAAAACGUUUACUGGUGUGUCAUCUCUAGAUCUGGAAGAAAUGUCUUUCAAAGAGUGACGCUUCGUGUCUCAGAUGCAGUUGAGACCAGUCCAGCUACCACUACUGAAAGUAACUCCAUUCAAAUGCUGGAAAAACAGCAAGAGAGUUGGUGGGCAACUCUUCGCUGGAUUCUUUUUUUUGCGACGUUGACAUGUUUGGCAUCGACUCAUUUGAUUGUUUGGAGGAGAAAGACUGCAAAGAACAUGAGGACAGUUAACUGAUCAUCAUUGUUGUUCUCUUUUUAAAGACAUGAAUAUAUGAAGUGUGUAUAUAGAUCUGAAAUGAGCUGUCUAAAUAAAAUGAUUUUGCAUUGUC